AUGCUCUCGUCUCGUUGCAAGCAAAGAAAUGAGGAUCUCAUUCCAAGUCUCCUGAGCCAACAUGAUGCUGUGCUCACAGGCGAUAUGACAACCAUUGAUCUCAGUACUGCGGAAAACUGGCCAGUGAAGGUGAAAGUAUUGGACACAUUGCAGGAUGAGCAUGGCCAACUAUCUGAGUCCGAUUUCGCUUACUCUUCGGGUAUUGGCGGCUGCUCAAAAACAAGAGCAUUGCUUGCAGACCUCCUGAACACCCACUUUCGCCCUACGAGAACAGUCGAAUCUUCUCAUAUUAUACUGGCAGCAGGAGGCAGCUUCGCAUUGACUGCUCUCAUAGAACAAAUCUGCAAUCCCGGGGACGGAGUUCUGAUAGCAUCCCCUUACUGGGCCGGGCUCGACAUCUCUAUUAGCAUCCAUAGCCAUGCCAUUAUCACACCAGUCCACGUACCCUUGAAAGAGUUCUUCAGUGUGUCGAGCAUUAGUUAUUACGAAUCAGCUAUCGGGCAAUCAUCGGUUCCCAUCAGAGCAGUUCUCAUUUGCAACCCUCACAAUCCAUUGGGCCAAUGCUAUCCCCAAGAGACACUCCGUGCUAUGUUAGAUUUUUUUCUCGAACUUGGUGACAGUCAAAUGAGUGACCAAAUUCACGUGGUUUAUAGCCUGAGUAAGGACUUUGGAUGUAAUGGAAUGCGCCUCGGCGCCCUGAUCUCUCAGUCAGCCAAGGCCAUUCGUCUGAGUGCUGCUCUGAGCCUCCACAGCCAGGUUUCCUCCUUGUCUACCGCGCUCGCUUCUCGACUAAUAUCGAGUGUUGAAAAGGUGCAACAGAUCACAGAGUACGGAGGUACUGAGCUCAAGGUGGCGUAUAUGAUCAUGCGCUCUUUUUUGGAAGCAAGAAGAAUGGAGUUUGUCCCUGUGGCCUACGGCAUGUUCGUCUUUGCAAGACUACUACAGCUUCAAAGUACUGCGGAAGACCAAGAGCUUCUAAAGCAUCUCAAGUCAGCCGGAAUAUCAGUAUCGACGGGAUCAAGUUAUCAUUUCACCCAGCCUGGUUGGUUCCGAAUCUGCUAUGGGGUCCCGCAUGAACAGUUACAAGAGGGUCUACGAAGGCUGGAUGCUGGUGUCCAGAAUUACUUGAAGGAAGUUACUCAUCUGUGA